AUGCAUCGUCCCGCCAGUCAUAGCUACCCCCCAGUGACGCACAACACGGCGCCUUCCAAGGCCCGCUCCUCCUCGCAUCAAAACAGCAGCGCCUUCAGUGCAAGUGCCAACCCGAAUGAAGACUGGACGCAGAUUUCCGACCUCGCCGAGCGACGCAGGAUACAGAACAGGAUUGCACAACGAAACUACCGCAAGAAAUUGAAGAAACGGUUGGAGGACUUGGAAAAGAGAGCCGGAUCGAGCUCUGCUUCCCCUGAGCAGACACACGAAGAACUGCCCGAGACGUCGGAGCUGCCGUUGGAUUGGGACGACGACACACGACGCGACAGCUCCAGCAGUGCGCAAGCCAGUUUCGAUCACGCGUCGCCCGACCUCCUUCCUCAAUCCAUCACAUCGCCUUUGGACGAUCGGGGCAUGUUCUCGACACAGUCAAUCAGGCAGCUCUCCACCUCGCCUCCGCCUUUCUCCUUCCCUGCCUUCUCGGCAAUCGACGACGUGAGCUAUCCGCAAGCCUCCACCAUCCCUCCUUAUCGCGGCGAAGUCGACGUUUCACUGUACCCGCAAUACAUGCAAACGGUCCCGGCCUGCUACCCGCCAAUACUGGAGAGCACGGGCGCUGCACCGCUGAAAGCAAACCUCUACAACGACCACGAUUGGAAUGUACUCAACAUGAGCUACGCGUCGACGGGCGGUAUGGAGCAGCAGCAGCCGCAGCACUUCUACGAUGAUGCAGCAGCAUAUACUCCGCCUCUCUCGGACUCCCUCGACCUGUCGCAAGCCGACUCGCCGCUGGACGAGUUUGCAGAGCACCCGACCACCCCGCCUUGGAUUGCACAGUACUCGCCACCAAUGCAAUGCUACGACCCGCUUUACUGGAAGUGA